AUGGCUUCUCUGCCGGAUCAUUGGGUCGAUCAGAAAGCCGUCUUGAAGGGUGGUGCAAUCGGCUGGUUUUUGACUCAUGGCGGCUACAACUCGUUGACUGAGGGGCUGAGCCAAGGAAUUCCGCUUAUUUUCUGGCCCAUUGGAGCAGACCAAGCUCUCAAUGCCGCUGUUUAUACGACGGGUCCCUGUCCCGUCGGAAUCGAGCUAUUUCAGAUCCGAUCUGGAACUCAACUAGGCCCUUCGCUUCGUCCUGAAGCACCCAAGAUCACAGGAACAGUUGAAGACGCGAAGACCGAGUUCGAGCAGGCAUUCAGGGAUCUCAAAGGACCCAGAGGCGAACUCCUUAGACAAAACGCCACCCGCAUUGCAGAGCUUUGGCGCGAGGAGAGAGUCAACGGGGAACCCGUAAAGGAGAUCGCGAGGCUGACGAGAUUCUGAAAUAGAUCUAGACUGACCAUUAGACACCGAAUUAGUGUAGAGACCCGUA